CCCCAUCACGCAGCAAAACGGCUGUUCGGAUGUUUUAGGAGCAUCAUCUUGUCAGCCAAUUGUUCACCACUGUAGAGAAUCCUAACAUGUAUUCUAAGUUUAUAUUGGAGAUAACGUUCAUCAUUAUUCACAUCUCAGGUCUAAUAAGUGGUCAAUGUAACCUGGAUGGAGUGCGCAAUUGCAUGGCGAAUGUUAGUAUGCCAGACCAAAUUACACAAGAUUUAAAAUCAGCGUGCGACGCUUACAAAACAGUAGAGUCCUGUCUGGCUCCAUACCAGGGCUCGUGUGAAUCGGACCCAAUGUAUCAGGAAAUGGUGUCUGGCUUUUCUGCUAUCGAUGGUUUCUGUGUUGGUGAUGCUAGCUGUGAUCCCACGAGGUGCUACUCUAUCAUUGGUAUCGACAUCACUGGCAGUAACCAGCCUCCACAGGAUAACUGCGUAAAGUAUCCAGAAUUUAAGGGCUGUGUCGAUUCCCAAAGACCUGCUUGCGAAGGAAACAUAAUGUUCCAGAUGUUAGACGAAGCCUUUAAUCAGCUGACGAUGGCAUGCACUGGAGGAGGAAAUCCUGGUAUUAAUGGUAAAAACUGCGAUGUGAGAGGUUUUGAAAUUUGUCUUAAAGAAGCGGGAUUUCAACUUAAGAACGUAAAAGGAAUGGAGUAUGGUUGCGAUGUAGUCUCUACUACAAUGGCAUGUGUGGCAAAAUAUGAAUCCGGAUGUGCGAAUCAGUCCUUGUUCAACUUCACAGUCUCGCCAAUAAAAAAGCUGCAUGAAGCUUGCAAACUUGUGUGUAAGAUCGGAGGGUGUUUGGAUGGCAUCAGUUUACCAAUCUACAAUUGCACUGACAUAGAGAACUCCAUUAUGUGUCUGGAUACGAAGCUCAAAGAGUGUCCAAGUGACCCGGUCCUAAAGACAACACUGGACGGACUCAAAAACCUUUGUUCUGAAAUUUCCCAGAAGGCAGGUAUGAAGGCCUACAGGAUUUGUCUUUCCAACUCAACAAUUAACGAGGAAUGCCAGAAACAUCUAAUGUCCCCGACAGAGAGUGAAACAGAAGGCGCAGAAUGUCAACGCAUAGACGAGUUUUCCAAAUGUGUGAAGAUGGCUCUACCAAACUGCAACAACGAUGAGGUUAAGGAAUAUGUAUCAGAAAACGCAAGAAAACUUAUAAGUCUGAAAACAAAGCGGAAAGGCGGAAUCGAUUGUUCAACAAGUGAUGGAGCCUUGUUUAUUCCACAAUUGUCAAUGUUCCUGUUUGCGGUUCUUACGUGGGCGAUUAUUUCAAUAUAAAGAUCACCGAUUCCGGACAUUAUGAGACCUAUAAAACAUCCUGGAAGGAAUCACUGGAAAACAUUGAUGAAUCAUUGGAUGCAAGGAGUAUCGACAUCACCGGGCUACAAAGAAUCAGCGGGUUUAGUGCACAUGUACCCGGUCUAGAAACUCCUUUGUAACUUGCAUAAUAAACACAGUGUUUGGGAGAGAAGUACUUCUGUAGCAUUCUAUACUUCUAAAAGAUUCAAUUUAAUGGAGUUUUCCAACCGGAAAAAUGAUAUCGAAUAUAUUACACAGAUUAGUAAUUAGACUGUAAAAAUGUUAUAAGUAGUCCAUAUUUUGUCGAUAUAUUACGCAGUAAAUCAUCCACACAGGCUGUCGCCAUUGGAUAUGUAGUGAUGAUGUCAUAAGUUCGUUUCAAAUCAACCAGACACAAAACACAAGGCAAGAGUAAGCUAUUCUUCGCAUUUCUAUAUAUCUUAGUAGAUGCAUUGUAUAAUACAUGUAUGAAAAUAAAGUCGAUAUAUACAAA